AUGCGGAUUAGCCACGUUUGUCUCGCGGCGGCCGCCGUAUGUGCUGCGAAGGGAGCCUCGAGCCCGAAGUUAACGUCGGCUUCCGACUGGGCUGAAGCAGCUCAACGGGCGGAGGAAUUUGUGUCUCAACUUACUGUCGACGAGAAGAUAGGCAUCGUGUCCGGUGGCUAUAGACAGCCAAGUCCUGCAUGCGUAGGCUCCAUUGGCGGCAUUCCUCGACUCGAUUUUGAGGGAAUAUGCUUCUCUGACGGACCAGCUGGCUGCUCUCGAUCCGACCUAGUCAGUGUAUUCGCGUCUGGUAUCACCGUAGCGGCGAGCUGGGACGUUGAUCUGAUGUUCAACCGCGGUGUGGCCCUGGGGGAGGAGUUCAGAGGAAAGGGUGCCCAUGUUCACUUGGGGCCGUCUUCAGGUCCCAUAGGCCGCCAUGCUACUGGCGGGCGAAACUGGGAGAGUUUCGGACCCGAUCCAUACUUGGCUGGCGUAGCCAUGAAUGCCUCUGUCCUGGGCAUCCAGUCCACGGGCGUCCAAGCAUGCUCUAAGCACUAUAUUGGAAACGAACAAGAGCUACAGCGCACCUCGACGGUGAGCCAUGAUGGCACCGUUACUGAAGCUAUCUCUUCAAACAUUGACAACCGGACCUUGCACGAGCUAUAUGUCUGGCCUUUUGCCAACGCUAUCUAUGCUGGGACCGCCGGUAUUAUGUGCUCCUAUAAUCGAGUCAAUGGGCUUUACGCCUGUGAGAAUUCUGCCACCUUGUCCAUUCUCAAGGAAGAGCUCGACUUUCGUGGAUAUGUCGUGUCAGAUUGGUAUGCCACCCAUGGUACGGCCAGCUUCGCCAACGCAGGGCUGGAUAUCGAGAUGCCAGGAAAUACGAGUGCUGCGGCUGGACCUCACUAUUUCGGGGACGCACUCCUCAGAAUGGUGCAGAACGGUACGGUGACCCCAGAUCGCCUCACUGACAUGGCGGAGCGAGUUCUACGACCAUAUUUCUUGUUGAACCAGGACGAGGGCUUUCCAACUUUAGAUCCCUCGAGCGGUGCUGUGUUUCUAGCCUACCAACUCGGUCACAAGGCUCAGCCUCAUCUUGGUGGCUACCCCAUGCUUCCAGCUCGCAAUGUACGCGGGAACCAUAAGGAGCUGAUUCGUGAGCUCGGGGCUGCCGCCACCGUCUUGCUUAAAAACGUCAACAACACCCUGCCGUUGAAAAAUAGCAGUGAGGUAGGCAUGUUUGGCAAUGCUAUUUCGUACCCAACCGUUGGAUCCACAUUCCGAGAUGCAGAUAAAUAUCCGGAAGGGUACGAAUACGGUACAGUCGAUAUAGGAGGCGGUUCCGGCACCGUGCGGCAUACACAUCUUGUAACUCCUCUGCAAGCAGUGCAGCGACACGUCGAAUCCUACGGUGGCCGGUUGCAAGUGGUGAUGGACAAUGAUGACAUCGCCGAUGGGCGCCUCCGGACUAUAUACCCUGUGCCGGACGUUUGCCUUGUUUUUCUCAAGUCCUACGCGAGCGAGGGCUUUGACAGGCCGAAUAUCGAGCUCUCAUGGAAUUCCACGGCUGUGGUGGAGAGCACUGCCGCGAUUUGCCCCAACACGGUUGUCAUCAUACACAGCCCUGGAGUAGUCACUCUGCCCUGGGCUGACAAUGAGAACGUGACCGCGAUCCUCUCAGCUCACUACCCUGGCGAGGAGAUUGGCAACUCCAUUGUGGACGUUCUUUGGGGAGUUACUCCCCCUUCCGGUCAUCUUCCCUACACUAUCCCCAAGACUCUGGAGGAUUACGGGCCGCCCAUAUUCAACCUCACGACGCGUAGCGUGAGCGCUGAUGAGUGGCAGACGAAUUUUACUGAGGGCCUUAUGAUUGAUUACCGUCACUUCGAUGCCAAUGACAUUGAGCCUCAGUAUGAGUUUGGUUUUGGUCUUACUUAUGCCAAAUUUAAGCUGGAGGGAGAGGUUGACUUACAAGUACGCGGCACUCUCUCCAAGACUGCAGAAAAGUCAAAGGGUACUGCCCCUGGUGGUCUCAAAGACUUAUGGACUGAGGUCCUCACUGUAGAUGCGCAGGUGAAGAACUCAGGAGAAGUUGAUGGGCAUGCUGUGCCCCAACUUUAUGUUGCGUUCCCCCAGAACACCACGCCCGCCCAAACACCCGCCCAAGUACUCCGGGGCUUUCAUAAGAUUUUUAUCAAAGCAGGGGAAACCUCGACGGUGAGAUUUUCCUUGCUGAGGAGGGAUGUUAGUUUCUGGGAUGAGAAAAGCGAUCAGUGGGUGAUUCCAGAAGGCGGCUUCACUUUCAAGGUCGGUUUCAGCUCUCGAGAUAAGGCUGCGCUGCAGACUACGGCUAGUCUGCUUUGA